AUGCAGCUAGUAGAGCAAGGCAAGCUUGCGCUGGACGACAGCGCACAACUGGAAGCAUUGCCGCCGGAGCUGCGAGACGUGAAGGUGUUGCAAAGCGAUGGCAGCGGGGGGGUGAAGCUGGUCGCUAAGGAGAGACGGUUGACGCUGCGGAUGCUCCUGAAUCAUACAUCCGGCUUCGGCUACGCCUUCGAAGACCCCAAGCUCCUGGGAUGGUCGCGACCCAUCGAACCAGACGACUUCUCGAGCAACGUGCACGACGUGCUGCACCGACCGCUGCUCAAGCAGCCCGGAACCAAUUUAAAGUACGGAGUCGGACUGGACCGGGUGGGUCGGCUCGUGGGGCGCUUGACGGGCCUCUCGCUGGAAACAUACUUCCAGACCUUCAUUCUGCGGCCCCUGGAGAUCCAGCGUAUCACCUUCUUCCGACGGAAGAUAUGA